GAUAGCUUGAGACCGCCGACCUUUCAGAAGAUCAUGGUAUGGUACUGGAGACGCUGUGAUAUGUGGAGGCAGCAUUUAUGUCAAUUUAAUGUCACCUGAACUCUACUGUACCUCUGCACUGUUGGUAGCAUGCUGUCAGAUCAGGUCGUUGGAGCUCCCGAAUACCACGUCAUUGCGGCUUGCGGCUGUUGCACUUCUCCAUCGUUUCCACCUCCGCAAGAUAACUUCUGGCCAGAUAUGUCAUAGUCCCGCUGAGUCCUGAAGGCGGAAGUCCGUCAUCCCUUGCCCACCAUGAGCUUCGUGCUCGACCAAGUGCGUCGAAUCGACGCACAGCUGGACCGGGUACAGCUCGCUAAUCUACCCUCAGCAUCGCCAACAGCUUCACGGGUGUCUACCUUCUCCGGCGACUCUAAAGCCGCACCCAAGCCUUCAACGAGGUUACUUGCCUUACAAACAUCAAUACGAGGCCUGACACCAAGCGCAUCGGACAGCCGAGCUCUGCUGCAACCGGCCCAGAUUGCACUAUGUUUAUCCGCAUUGUCCGACAGAGCGGAGGCGCCUCUCGCAAUAGCGGAGGAUGACAGACCGAGCAAGGAGCCUUACGAGACAGAACUUGAAUGGCUACUGGUCUCCAAAGCCACUAUUCAGACCUACGGUCUGGUUUUGAAGCGCAUACUGGAUCAGACCGUAGCUUUGGCGGAUGACAUAUGGUAUUGGGAUGCGGUGCUGAGCUCACGCACGAAUAGCGCAUUGCAUGCCAUCCAAAUCUCACCCUUCCAGUUCUGGCAUUGGUCAAGCGAGGUAUGGGAUGAUGUCAAGGCACGGGGUGGUAACUUCACUAUGACUGGUGCGAGACAGGACGCGCAAGACACGAUUGGAAAGCGAUGGCAGGAGUUCUAUGGGUUGGUCCGGCAGGUGAUUCAGGAUCGCAGUAUGGGCGAGAUACAGAGGCAGGUGUUGAGCCCUGUUACACGCUUGCGGAGCGACAUCAGGCGGAAGCAGACAACGUUGAAGAAAGUACGUUUGCAGAAUGCGAAUGCCCUUGGGGUGUUGCUCGGCGAGGGUUUGGCCAAUGAGAGCGCACAUAGCGAAAGCCUGAUCAGCGCAACCGCAAGUCCGCACCGUUGGAAGGCGUCUGUCGCGCGCAAUGUGGCGCUCAUGGAGGCUGUGCUGGCCAAGGUCAACGACAGCGAGACGUCUGUUGACAAAUUUGACGCCGCGGUCGCUGAGCUGACUGACGACGACCCAUUGUACGGUGCUGAAGUCGAAGCGGAUAUUGAGAGCAGUGGAUCCGUCAAGCCGGAAGGCGUUGCAGAACGGUUGACACGAGUGCUGACCAUGGCUCUUCCGGAAUACGAAACCUCGUUGAAGGCUGCUGUCCGCGAGCAUGGUAGACCGUCCGUAAUCGUGCGUUACUGGCUGCCAGUGACUGUCGGCAUCAUCUCUUCGAGCACUAUUCUGCGCAUCCUUGUCAAUCGAAAAGCGGAUAUCUUGCAGUGGGUGCGCGACUUUGGUGUGACUGUGAUCGACUUCUGGAGCAAUUGGGUCGUCGAGCCUACACGCAAAGUCAUCAAGACUAUCCGCCACGAUGAAGGCAGUGAGGUUAGCAUCAUGUCGAAGCGCUCGCUUGAAGGGGAUAGAGACAGCUUAGAGCGCAUGGUGGUCGACUUUGCUAUUGACAACCCGGCCACUGCCACAGGAAACAGCGCGAAACUGACGGAGGUUGAAAUCACUGACAUUCGGACGAGGGUCAGAGAAGGCGAUCUUACUCCCGUGCUCAAGGCGUAUGAGAAGGACCUGAAAUCGCCAUUCAUGGGUGCGGUGAGAGGCAACCUCAUCCGUGCUUUGCUCAUUCAGGUUCAGAAGACGAAAGUGGACGUGGAGGUCGCCAUCGGUGGCAUUGACUCUCUUCUUAAGUCACAGGAGCUCGUCUUCGGAUUCGUCGGCCUGACGCCUGGCAUCUUGGUGACAUAUUUCGCUGUCGCUUACGUCCGGACGACGCUUUCGCAAAGACGUGGGUCGAGUGCUUCACGCAAACAAGGCAAGCUGCUGCGGCAACUACGAAACAUCGAUCGUAUACUGGUAAACAGCACGCCGACGGAGUAUGGCGAGCUUUUCUAUAAAGACCAAGGUCUUCUCUUAUGCGAAGUGCAUGUGCUUCGAGAGGCCGCGCAGAAGGUCAUGCCUGGAGAGCUGUACCGGGAGUUUAGCGAGGAUGCCGAAGAACUAUCUGAUGUUCGCAUUGGCGCUGAACGGCAGAAGCAGACGGCAGGCCGUAUACGGUGGGCCUAUUCGAAAUAUUUGGCGUGAGCGGGAAUUGUAAGUGGUGGACAGAGAUGGCACGGUGUAUAGGCAGCAAGAUACCCAAGAUAGUCACCUCACUCUAGCGUACUAUAGCGUCUGAUAUCAUCCCCUAUAACAUCUGCUACACCUUCCACGUUACGCUACCGCGCGAAGACACUAUCGGCGGUCC